CCACGGCCCAUUGCGGGGUAACGGCACGCACAGCCCGGCUCCGGUUCUGUCGGCCCGUGCCAUUCCGGGACGUCGGGCUGCAGCUCCUGUUCGUCUCGCAGGAGCCGCGCCUCGAUCCCGGCUCCCUCCCGCUGCCGGCCGACACGCCCCGAUCUUCCCCUCCGCCUCACAGUGGUUCGCCCCGCCGCCCGGCCGCCAUUUUGUGCGGCGCGUUGGAGGCGCUGAGGGCUGAGGACGCGGCGCUGCAUUCCCGCCCGGUGAGACGGUGACUUGCAGCGAACAUGUCGGAGUACAUCCGGGUCACGGAGGACGAGAACGAUGAGCCCAUCGAGAUCCCGUCGGAGGAUGACGGCACCGUGCUGCUCUCCACCGUCACGGCGCAGUUCCCCGGGGCCUGUGGGCUGCGUUACCGCAACCCGGUAUCGCAAUGUAUGCGGGGCGUGCGGCUGGUGGAGGGCAUCCUGCACGCACCUGAGGCCGGCUGGGGAAACCUGGUCUAUGUCGUGAACUACCCCAAAGAUAAUAAGAGAAAAAUGGAUGAAACAGAUGCAUCUUCAGCCGUGAAGGUAAAACGAGCAGUACAGAAGACUUCGGACUUGAUAGUCCUAGGUUUACCUUGGAAAACCACAGAACAAGACUUAAAGGAAUACUUCAGUACAUUUGGAGAAGUCCUCAUGGUGCAGGUUAAAAAGGAUAUUAAGACUGGUCACUCAAAGGGUUUCGGUUUUGUUCGUUUUACGGAUUAUGAAACCCAGGUUAAGGUCAUGUCCCAGCGACACAUGAUAGAUGGCAGAUGGUGUGACUGUAAACUUCCCAACUCUAAGCAAAGUCCCGACGAGCCUUUGCGGAGCAGAAAAGUGUUUGUUGGGCGCUGCACUGAGGACAUGACAGCAGAUGAACUCCAGCAGUUCUUUGCUCAGUAUGGAGAAGUGGUAGAUGUCUUCAUUCCUAAACCUUUCCGAGCUUUUGCUUUUGUUACAUUUGCAGAUGAUCAGGUUGCCCAGUCUCUUUGUGGAGAGGACUUGAUCAUUAAAGGAAUCAGCGUACAUAUAUCCAAUGCUGAACCUAAGCACAAUAGCAAUAGGCAGUUAGAGAGAGGUGGAAGAUUUGGUGGUAACCCAGGAGGCUUUGGGAAUCAGGGGGGGUUUGGCAACAGCAGAGGAGGUGGGGGAGGACUGGGUAACAACCAGGGCAGUAACAUGGGUGGGGGCAUGAACUUCGGAGCCUUUAGCAUCAACCCUGCCAUGAUGGCAGCAGCGCAGGCAGCCCUGCAGAGCAGCUGGGGGAUGAUGGGCAUGCUGGCUAGCCAGCAGAACCAGUCAGGGCCGUCGGGAAACAACCAGCCCCAAGGCAACAUGCAGCGGGAACAGAAUCAGGGCUUCAGCUCAGGAAAUAACUCUUACGGUGGUUCCAACUCGGGAGCAGCAAUAGGCUGGGGUUCAGCUUCCAACGCGGGUUCCAGCAGUGGGUUUAACGGAGGCUUUGGUUCAAGCAUGGAUUCCAAAUCAUCAGGCUGGGGAAUGUAGACGCAGUGGGCUCUCAUACUGACUCUUUGGUGGGAAAUCAAAUUUUUCUAACUCGUGGUAAGUAUCCUGUAAAUUACAUAUAAAUUUUUUCCAAAUCACUUUGUUCAAUGUGCGCUAUAUUCAGCAGUAUUUUUGACGUUUUUCUUUUGUAAAAAACCGACAAACAAACAAAAAAAAAUACAAAAAAGGAAGAGGAAGAAAGGUAAAAGGAAUUUUAUAAGUUUUGUUACGUAACUUGUUGGAAUACUGAAUGUUUGGAAGUGGACUGCUGUUUGCCUGCUAGGUAAACUAACACUACAAUCAAUAGGAAAGGGUUCUCCUGUAGUACUUUCCCCCUCGUUUCCUGGCUACCUGAAUUCUUUGCAUGUUCCAAAUGGAAACCAUUGGUCAGAAACAGCAUUCUCUCCCUCUCGUUUUUAAUUUGAUCCCACCAUAAGAAUCUCCAAGUGCCCCAACUGGAGAACGCAGUGUCGUUGGUUUUUUUUUCUGUUUCGUUUGUUUUUUUUUGUUGUUGUUUUCCUUUUUUAACACUGUCUCCCCUCCAUACUAAAGUACGAUAUGAAGGCUUCAUUUAAUCUCCGCAGUUCAUCUCAUUUCAAAUGUGUAUGGAAGAAGCACUUCAUUGAAAGCAGUGCUGUAAAUAUUCUGCCUUAGGAAUACUUCUGUCUACAUGCUUUCUCAUCCAAGAAUACUUCAUCACACUGCACAUGCUGCGUCUUAGACGGUGGGUGUUCCAUUUUUAUCCGCUACUCUUUAUUUCAUGGAGUCGUAUCAACGCUAUGAACGCAAGGCUGUGAGAUGGACCAGAAGGCUGUUUGAACUUCUGAAACCUUGUGUGGGAUUGAUGGUGGUGCCGAGGCAUGAGAGGGCUGGUAUGAGCGAGAAAAAAGAGAGCGCGUGCGGAGACCUGGUGGUGCAUUAUGGGAUUUUAUUUUACUUGGCGAGAUGUCUCUCAAUCCUGUGGCUUUGGUGAGAGAGUGUGCAGAGAGCAAUGAUAGCAAAUAAAGUACGAGUGUUUAUUGCAUUCAAAGGACAUCCAUACGUGGAAGACUUUAAGUGGGUUUUAUACCUAGUUAAUCAAUUAGCUGAAUGUGUUUAUGUGAAAAGAAUACUUGUAUUUUUUUUCCCUUAUGUCAACUGCUGUGAAUGCUGUAUGGUGUGUGUUUGUUGUUUUUUUUCUGUUAACGAUCUGUAAGUGUGGCAAUGUGAAUUGAAGAUGGUGGGGUUUGCGAUGAGAACAUUGAGCUUGUGAUGCGCUUUGCAGUAGCUCUCGCAGCACAUCACUGCUGAGCUCAGUGUGCCUCUUGAGGGUGGAAGCUCUGCUGUGUAAGAUACCAUAAGAAUGCUGUUUGCUGCAGUUCCGUGUUUGGAUGCUUUUUAUAAGAUUUGUCACUGUAGGAAAUUCUUAAAUAAAACUGAUUUAAGUAA